AUGACUUUGACCGGAAGUACGAAUAUCAUGGGAAAGUUUACACAGAGUGUGAGAAGAAUCGUGCAAGAUGUCAAAGACGAGGGUACCGCGAGUGGCCAGACGAAGGAAGAGGUGAUAGAGACGAAUGAGCGGCUGAGGGCAGUCAGAAUACGAUUGGACGGAAGUUACGAUACGGCAAAACGGGCCCUCGUCGAACUCAUGUGCAAAUACACCGAUAGUAAACAAGUGCGAAAUGUUUUUCAACGUUACAACUUGCUGAAAGUCAUGAUAAAGGACGUGAUCAAAUUGGAGACUCAAUAUUGGACUCUGGUUGAUAUACCACGCCAGGAAAAACAGGAAACAGUACCGGCGUUCGUAUUGCGAGCUUGUACGAUAAUGGAGAAGACGCACAAAAGCGGCGAGGGAGUAAAAACAUCAGCGAGACUUGCAGAGGAGGCCGAGAACAAAAGAGAACGCAUUGAACGGCUGGAGGCACCCUCUAUUCUUCUCGUCAAGUUGAAGGGAAGAUUGUGGCUUAAGCCAACUCAAGCAAAGGCCAGCAGAGAAAAAACCUGA